CGCUCCUCGCCAGCUCGCUUUCUUCGUCCGGCCGCGGGUUCUGGGGACUUUUUAAUCUUUCGGGGUUAUUUUUUUCCUCUCAUUUUUUCUUUUUUUUUUUCCCGUCAUUUUUUGGUGGUUGGCUCUCCCUCCUCGCCCCUCCGGGAAGCGCUCCACCAGCCGCCUCUCGCCCCGCCAUCCCUCCCCAUGCGCCCGGGGCCGCGGGCAGCUCCGCGGCGCGCACCCGGGAGCUGAGCCGCGGAGCGGCGCGUCCCCUCCUCGGGCAGGAUGUACACCGCCGGGCUGGCUCCUUUCUACGCCUCCAACUUCAGCUUGUGGUCAGCGGCGUACUGCUCCGCGUCGGGGCCGGCGGCCGGCGGCUGCUUCCCGCUGGACGCGGCGGCGGCCAAGAAGCCGUCCUUCUGCAUCGCCGACAUCCUCCACGCCGGCGGCGAGGCGGCGGCAGGAGCCGCCGACGGCCUGCCCGGAGGGCCCGGCACCGGGAUGCCGGCCGCGCUGGGAGCCGUGCACCACGGCGCUCCCUUCCACGCCGCGGCCUCGCCGCUCCGGCCCACGCCCGUGGUGGCCCCCGACGCCCCCGCUGCCGCCUUCCCGCCGCGCCUCUCGCCGCUCUCCGCCGCCUACCACUCCCACCACCACCGCCCCCCGCAGCACCGCUCCCCCGCGGCGGCGGCGGGCGGCGGAGGCGCCCCGGCCCCCGCCCGGCUGCCCGGCGGACACACGCACGGCUCGGCGCCCGCGCCCGCCAGCAAGGACCUGAAAUUCGGCAUCGACCGCAUUUUAUCGGCGGAGUUCGACCCCAAAGUCAAGGAAGGCAACACGCUGAGAGAUCUGACCUCCUUAUUAACUACGAGCCGCCAAACUGGGGUUCAUCUCCCCAACUUGCAGCCUUCCGCCGGCCAGUUCUUCGCGUCUCUAGACCCCAUUAACGAGGCCUCUGCUAUCCUGGGUCCCUUAAACACAAACCCAAGGAGCUCAGUGCAGCACCAGUUUCAAGACACUUUUCCAGGUCCAUACGCAGUUCUAACCAAGGACACGCUGCCCCAGACGUACAAGAGGAAACGUUCCUGGUCCAGGGCUGUUUUUUCCAACCUGCAGAGGAAAGGUUUAGAAAAACGGUUCGAAAUCCAGAAGUAUGUCACCAAACCGGACAGGAAGCAACUGGCGGCGAUGCUGGGGCUGACAGAUGCUCAAGUGAAGGUGUGGUUCCAGAACCGGCGGAUGAAGUGGCGGCACUCCAAGGAAGCGCAGGCCCAGAAGGACAAGGAGCCGCCGCCGGAGCCGGAGCCGGCGGCCCAGCGAGCCGGCGCACCGCCCGCCGCCCCCGGGGACCCCGAGCGCAGCCCCAGCCGCUCCGACGGCGACAGCGACAGCAGCGACGCCGAGUCCCUCGACAUGGCCCCCAGCGACACGGAACGGACUGAGGGCGCCGAGCGGAGCCUGGCCGCCGCCGGGCUGGCCAAGUCCUCCGGCAGCACCGGCCUGCCCUCGCCGCCGCCCGCCGCCGCCAGCCCCGAGCCGCGGAGCGGCCUAUAG